AUGGUCAACCUUUUCUGGACGGGCGAUUAUGGCCACCUCGAGUUGUACAAGGCGCGCGCCAAGCAGCUCGAGUCGCCAGAAGGAAAGUCUGGUUUGAGCUUCCCAUGGCUCGACGCGAACUUCUGCUUGCCGGUCGACGAGCUGAAGGCGCUUCUUGUAAAUGGCACUUACCCCAGGUCGAGCGGCUACAACGCAAUGGUGAAGGAUGAAUACCAAGAGCUGGGCAAGGUAUGGAAAUACCCCAAGUCGCGUUGCACGGCACCGUAUUUUCAACAGGGACAUGAAGGAUACGACCCCAAUGAUGCUUGCAUCAAUGGCGAGCCUCCCCUCGUCGACAAGUCAGUCGUGGCAACUUGGGCCAAACGGUCUGCACUCCACGUCAUGUUUGGGAAGAGGUAG